UAUUGAAUUCAACAAAAACACUCCAAACGAAAUACUCAAAAGUAAAAAAAAACUGUUCUCUCUCUCUCUCUCACACACACACACACAAACGCAAAUAUACACACAUCGUGCGGUGUUGUAAGCAAAUUCUAAAACAAAACAUCAUUCCAUAGAUCUCUCUCCCUUCAUACGUUUAGUACUUGAUACUGUGUGCGUUGUGUCUCCUAUAUUUACUCCAACAACACUCCUGGACUCAAUUCUUUCUUUUAUCAUUAACAAAUACAAACACAUCAACUGCAAAAGUAUAUAUCAUUCAAUCAAUAAAAGUGUUAAAAUAUAAAAAAAUUAUUAGUAUAUUGUUAGAUAGAUGGUCACUUUUUGUCAUCAGUUAUUGGUAUGGUUCCAAGAUGGUGCCCGAAUGACUUGAUGAGCCAUAACAAAAUACCCACAAGCAGAAAAAAUUCAUAGUAUCAUGGUAUUGAGGUAAAAAAUUGUAAAUAUUGUUACAAAUGGAGGAAGGCAAAGACCCUGCAACUAGUGCAGUUGUAAGUAGAGCAAACCAAUCAAGAGCUUUGCCGCAAAGGCUCAUACAAUUACUUGCUUUGUUUCUAGUAUUAUGUUUUAGCAUUUCUCUUUUUAGUAUUUAUAUGAUUCGUAAAACCGGGGUUGUCACUUCAGUAACCUCAGCCAUCCCCAUUUUAACACCAUGUAUCGAAGAAAAGCCAAAGAACAAUCUUGACCGUUGGAUCAUGCCUCCUUCAAAUCUGAUUCAUACAAUGAAUGAUAAAGAGUUAUUUUGGAGAGCUUCAUUUGUGCCACAAGUAAAGAAGUAUCCAUUUUCAAGACUUCCAAAGAUUGCUUUUAUGUUUUUGACCAAAGGCCCGUUACCAUUGGCUCCUUUAUGGGAGAGGUUUUUUAAGGGACACAAGAGCCUUUAUACUAUAUACAUUCAUUCGCUUCCAUCAUAUGAACCCCGUGUUCCAUCCACAUCUGUUUUUUAUCAGAGACAGAUACCAAGUCAGAUAGCUGAAUGGGGUAGAAUGACCAUGUGUGAUGCCGAGAGGAGACUUUUGGCAAAUGCCCUUCUUGAUGUCUCCAAUGAAUACUUUAUACUUGUCUCUGAAUCAUGUGUUCCCAUCUACAACUUCACUGUAACAUAUCGUUACAUUACGAAAUCCAGAUACAGUUUUAUGGGGGCCUUUGAUGAUCCUGGUCCAUUUGGCCGGGGCCGUUACAACCCCAGCAUGUUACCCGAAGUCAACAUCUCCCAAUGGAGAAAAGGGUCCCAAUGGUUUGAAGUCAACCGUAAACUUGCAACCAUCAUCAUUUCCGACGUUACCUUUUACCCGAAGUUCUUGGAGUUUUGCAGGCCCGCCUGUUAUGUGGAUGAACAUUAUUUUCCAACUCUAUUAACAAUUCUGGCACCAAAUCUUCUAGCAAACCGUAGUUUGACUUGGGUUGACUGGUCAAGAGGUGGGCCACACCCUGCAACAUUUGGGGCAUCAGACAUUACAGAGGCAUUCAUGAAGAAACUUCAUGAAGGGCGGGAAUGUCUUUAUAAUGAUGAGCCUUCAUCAGUAUGUUAUCUGUUUGCAAGGAAAUUUGCUCCUAGUACUUUACAGCGGCUGCUUGUUUUUGCACAGGAAUUCUUGGGUUAUUGAUUUGAUCCGUAUUGGAAGUUGAAGACAGUUCUCUGCGGUAUACAGAUUAUAAUAUGAACAGUUUUUCCUAUACAAUUCUAGCUUGAAGACAGGUUUUCCUGGUUAAUUAGUUUAAGUUGUCACUAGCUUUGGUUGAAAUUUGUUAAGCCUUUCAAACAUAUCCUCCAUCUUAGAAAUUUGAUUCCAUAUUUUUGGUAUUACGCUAUUAACUAUAAAUUCUUCCGUGCUAUUCACGGUAGUGAAGAUGGUGAUGAUUACAUACAGUAGUAUUUUUAGAGUAAAUAGUAGAAUACGGUUGUCCUUAUUUUUACGUUGUUUAUUACAAUAUGAAUGUGUAUGUGAAUGUUAUUGAAUGUGAAUAUUUUGUUAAACAAAA